CUAUGUUUUAGAGGUUAUAACUAUUUAUCUUUUAUGAAAACUGAGAAGUAAAUAAAUAGGUGAAUGUAAUUAUCUUUUAUUAUGAAUAUCAAUGACAGCGGGUACUGCAGGUUAUGUGCUAAUCUCAAACCUUUCGACGAACUGGUGAAUUUACAACAAAACGAUGACAAACGACGUGAAAUUACUGAAAAACUGAUUCGCAUAAAUGCAUCGACAGAUUUUACCAAAGAUGUUUUCCCAAGAACGGUGUGCUUGCUUUGUACAGUAGCAUUGGAUAAAGCUUUUGAUUUUGUCAUAGCCGUAGAACAAGCCCAGCAAGUCAUAAAAGAUGCGAUAUUAUUGCAAAAUAUAAAAAAAGAAGAACCUUAUUCUGACAGCGAAAAUUAUGCAUUUCACAACAAUGAUACAAAUUAUGAUGAUAAUGUUAAUGUAAAAAUUGAGGGCGAUCAAAAAGACCUAGUUUUUGAAGUUCCUGUUUCGAAUAACAAUGAGAUAUUGUCAAAAACACAGAGUAAAGUUAAACCUAAAAAGAAAUUGCCUAGAUCGCCAGGUUUGGAUGGCAUUCCUCUAUCUCAGCUAAAAUUAACAUGGAAAGACUACAGUUGGAUGUGUGCUUACUGUGAAACACUAUUUCCGAAUAUAGAUGAGUUGAGGAUUCAUUCUAUGCAAUACCAUAACUGCUGCAAUGCAUUCCGUUGCAUUGAUUGCAAUAUAAGGAAACUAAAACUCAAUAGUUUUCUCAUCCAUGUGCGAAGACAUCGCAAAAUUCUUAAACAAUCAUGCUAUAAAUGUGACAUUAAAUUUUCUAGCUUAAUUGAUGCUAGAAAACAUAAAAACGAACAUGUAUCAUCAGCAAACAUAUGUUCUGGUUGUAAUACUUGUUUUUCAACUAUAGAUGAAUUGAAAGCUCAUGAAGAUACAUUUUAUAGAAACACAUGGUCACGAGGCUUAAUCAAAAUACAAACAGAUGAUAGUUUAACAUGUGUAAUAUGUAAAAAGAAUUUCAAAAACAAAAGCAGUCUUAAUACUCACCUAUUAAUUCAUACAGAAAGGAAAAGAGAUCAUAUUUGUGAAUAUUGUGGUAAAUGUUUUCUACAUAAACAAAAUCUAAUUGAUCACAUGACAUUACAUAAUGAUGAACGACCUUACAACUGUAAAAUAUGCAAAAGCGCCUUUAAGACAGCACAUAACUUACGAAGACAUGUUGGCACUCAUGACGGUCACAAACCCUAUUCAUGCGACCAAUGCGGGCGAUGCUUUAGGCUUCAAAAACAACUGAAAUCUCACAGUAUCAUACACACAGAUUUACUACCACAUAUUUGUUCAUAUUGUAAAAAAGGUUUUAGGUUUAAAACAAUUUUAAACCAACAUUUAAGGCAGCAUACAGGCAUAAAGCCCUACUCCUGUGACAAAUGCCAAAGAGAUUUCACAAAUUGGCCAAAUUUCAAUAAACACAUGAAGAGACGCCAUGGAGUUGAUAUGGCAAAGAAAAAACACACGCAAGAUGGUGUGUAUCCAAUAAAUCCUACAACAGGAGAUGUGAUAUUAUAUCCACAGACAAAUGAGACUUUAGAAUGGAAAAAAAAUAUGAUGGUGCAGCGGAGACCUGGCAGGCCAAAACUGAAGUCACAAGAUGAUACUAUAAGUAAUACAAUAAAUGAGAAAUGAUGGAACCCUUGGAACAUAAAAAAUUUACAAUAGAACAAGAUCAGAAGUACAGCUGGAUGACGCCCUUCAUCUACCACAAGCACCACAACUACAGUGACAAGGUGAAGAUGGCGCUGAGGAAAAAUAAACAAUGGGUAUAAUGUAGAGUGAAUCAUAUUAAUAAACCAAUCUCACCUUUGAGUAGAAUCUUAAUAUAUGGCAUUGAACUAUGUUAAAAAAAAAACUUGAACAGUAAUUAAAGCCCCUGUUGUCAGCUGAGUCAAAAUUCAUCAAAUGCUAUGACUUAACUAAUAUUAUUUAAGAUGUUAUAAUUUGUUAUAAAUAACGACAUUAUUAAGAUGCUUGCAGUAACUUGACAUUGUCGAGACAAAUUCAGCCCUUAGAUCUCUAAUAACAUAAGAAUAUCUAGACAUGUGGGAGACACUUUAGAACAUUGAUUGAAGGUAAAGAUUGUAAAUAUUAUGCAAAGUGGGGUAAUUUCAUAUUUUAUAUUUGAUCUCAAUAUUAGUGUGUAAACAGGCAAGAUGGCGAUUUCUACUCAAAUAAGCAAAAAAUGUAUUUGUAUAAAUUUUCCAUUUUCUUCAUGAUUUUCUAUUAAAUCUAUGAUUGGAGAUCAAAGUAUCUAUAAAUUAAAAUUAUGUAUCCAUUGUUAAGGUAGGUGCCAGUACUAUUUAAAAAUCCACCUGAUACCUAUAUAAGAUAAACAAGUUUUAUAUUGUAUACAUACAGACAAAGAACACACUUUUAAGCCAGUGGCUAUAAGCUUGAAAUGUGAUUAAUGUGCUCAUGUAUCAUAUACUAUGACAUUUUUGGAAAUUCACCCCAUAUAGUAGUAUAAUCCCAUCUUACGAGCCUAGUCUUUACGUAAUGUUUUAGAAAUGGUAAAGCUAUACUUUGUUAAGUCUUUCUCGAAUGAAAGGAGGCUACAAUGGCUAUAGGCAGCAGGGUCUUUUUAACCAUAUUGGACACUGCCAUGCGACGAAUCCGCUUGCCCCGCUCUUGUAGACAAAAACCUGUGACUCUCCGUAUUGUAAUUCUGGUGGGCUGACGUUUUACACUUUAUAUCGGUUUACGUCUCCUGGGUCAGUUUUAUUAUUUUAUCAACAUUAGGCCGGAGACUUGACGAAUUUUGGUUAUUCCCAAUUACCGAUUCUGCCGCCUACGCUCACGAAAAUUCAGCCUGUAUUAUGAAACACAGUAAGUGUCUAACAUGAUUUAAACAAGUUGAACCUACUGACAUGUAUAAGUAGUUAUUUAACAAAUACAUCAGAUUAUGUUACAAACAAAAAUAUAAAUUAAAUUACUAUUAACAUAUUAUUUA